AUGGCGGAUACCGGAGAUCGCAUGUUUUGCCAUGCCUGUGGAGGGGUCUGGUCAAAGGACGAUAGUGGUUUGACCUGCCCGCACUGCGAGUCCGACUUCACAGAGAUCAUUGAAAUCCCUCCAGAUCCAGAUACUCCUCCUCCAGAACUCGAACCUGAACCUCGCACGCCACCGAUCAAUCCGUGGGCAGAUCACCAUCCUUGGGGAAAUGAGGAAACGGCUGGACCUCGGCCAUUCGACUUCAUGAAUCCAGGAUCUCCCGGAUACUCUCAGCACACCUAUAGGUCUCCAGAUGGCCGAUUUACCUUUAGCAGCACUACUAUCGGCGGGGGAUACUCCCCGCAACAAUCCAGCGCAAACGCCCCUCCAAACCCCAUGCUUCCGAUGAUGUUCGAGGGCUUAAACACAAUAUUCCGAAGUCUAUCAGAGACAUAUGAUCCCCACCAUCCCCAUGGAUCUAGGAGUCCGGGCUUCGACGACCCGUUCAUGGCGCAUUCAUCCCAUUGGCAGACUGCCGACCCUGAUGGUCCUGCGGAACCUGAAGGACUAUUCCCCCGCGACACAGAUAGAGCGCAAACGACAGUUCCCCCGGUGGCCUCUUUAGCCGAUCUCCUGCAGGCCUUCCAGACUGAUUUUGGCGCGCAGAGACGGCAAGGCCGACAUGGUGCCCGCGGCGUCGCAGGGCCGAACCCGCUCGCCAUGCUUUCAGCCUUACUCAACAUGGACCGGAACGGCGAUGCGGUCUAUUCCCAAGAAGAGCUUGACCGAGUGAUCUCGCAGUUGAUUGAUCACAACAACACAGGAACGGCACCGCCACCGGCAUCCGAAUCCGCAAUCAGGUCACUACCCACGAAGAAAGUCGACCAGGAAAUGCUGGGGUCUGACGGGAAGGCGGAGUGCUCGAUCUGCAUGGAUGCUGUGGAACUCGGCACGGAAGUGACAGUGCUCCCUUGCACGCACUGGUUCCACUUUAGCUGUAUCGAAGCUUGGCUGAGCCAGCAUAACACCUGUCCACACUGCCGACGAAGCAUCAAUUCAGUUGAAUGGUGA